GGCGGGCACUUCUCCCGGGCUAACCCGAACUCUCCCGUGACCUCCGCGUGCCCUCAGGCCACCCACCGGCCCGGAUCUCCGGCCAACUUCAGGGGUGGGGUGCGUAGAAAGUUUGCGGCUCCCGCCGCCCAUCUCCACGCCUCUCGGCCUAGGAGGCUCUCCGCCCGCGCCCGCCCCGUUCGGCCUUGCCUGGGACCGUGUCCUUGCCCCGCCACCGCCACCAUGAACAAGCUUUACAUCGGCAACCUCAACGAGAGCGUGACCCCCGCAGACUUGGAGAAAGUAUUUGCGGAGCACAAGAUCUCCUACAGCGGCCAGUUCUUGGUCAAAUCCGGCUACGCCUUCGUGGACUGCCCCGACGAGCACUGGGCGAUGAAGGCCAUCGAAACUUUCUCGGGGAAAGUAGAAUUGCAAGGAAAACGCCUAGAGAUUGAACACUCGGUACCCAAAAAACAAAGGAGUCGGAAAAUACAGAUCCGGAAUAUUCCACCUCAGCUCCGAUGGGAAGUGCUGGAUAGCCUUCUGGCCCAGUACGGCACAGUGGAGAACUGUGAGCAAGUGAACACCGAGAGUGAGACGGCGGUGGUCAACGUCACCUACUCUAACCGGGAGCAGACCAGGCAAGCCAUCAUGAAGCUAAAUGGCCAUCAACUGGAGAACCAUGCCCUGAAGGUUUCCUACAUACCUGAUGAGCAGAUAGCACAAGGUCCUGAGAAUGGGCGCCGUGGAGGCUUUGGGUCUCGAGGCCAGCCCAGGCAGGGGUCACCGGUAGCAGCAGGGGCGCCAGCCAAGCAGCAGCAGGUGGACAUCCCUCUCCGGCUCCUGGUGCCCACGCAGUAUGUAGGCGCCAUCAUUGGCAAGGAGGGUGCCACCAUCCGAAACAUCACAAAACAGACUCAGUCCAAGAUAGACGUGCACAGGAAGGAGAACGCGGGGGCUGCGGAGAAGGCCAUCAGUGUGCACUCGACCCCUGAAGGCUGCUCCUCGGCCUGUAAGAUGAUCUUGGAGAUUAUGCACAAGGAGGCAAAGGACACCAAGACGGCAGACGAAGUUCCCCUGAAGAUCCUGGCUCAUAAUAACUUCGUGGGGCGACUCAUUGGAAAGGAAGGGCGGAACUUGAAGAAAGUGGAGCAGGAUACAGAGACUAAGAUCACCAUCUCCUCGCUCCAGGAUCUCACGCUCUAUAACCCUGAAAGGACCAUAACUGUGAAGGGGGCCAUUGAGAACUGCUGCAGGGCUGAGCAGGAGAUCAUGAAGAAAGUUCGAGAGGCUUACGAGAAUGACGUGGCUGCCAUGAGCUUGCAGUCUCACCUCAUCCCUGGUCUCAACCUGGCUGCUGUCGGUCUCUUCCCAGCUUCUUCUAGUGCCGUUCCGCCUCCUCCCAGCAGCGUCACUGGGGCUGCUCCCUAUGGCUCCUUCAUGCAGGCUCCGGAGCAGGAGAUGGUACAGGUGUUCAUCCCCGCCCAGGCUGUGGGCGCCAUCAUCGGCAAGAAGGGCCAGCACAUCAAACAGCUCUCCCGGUUCGCCAGCGCCUCCAUCAAGAUUGCUCCACCAGAAACACCUGACUCCAAAGUUCGAAUGGUUGUCAUCACUGGACCCCCAGAGGCUCAGUUCAAGGCUCAGGGAAGAAUCUAUGGCAAACUAAAAGAAGAGAAUUUCUUUGGUCCCAAGGAGGAAGUAAAGCUGGAGACCCACAUCCGGGUCCCAGCUUCAGCAGCUGGCCGGGUCAUUGGCAAAGGUGGCAAAACGGUGAAUGAGCUGCAGAACUUGACCGCAGCCGAGGUGGUCGUGCCGAGAGACCAGACCCCAGACGAGAACGACCAAGUCAUUGUUAAGAUCAUCGGACAUUUCUAUGCCAGCCAGAUGGCCCAGCGGAAGAUCCGAGACAUCCUGGCUCAAGUUAAGCAGCAGCACCAGAAGGGACAGAGCAACCAGGCCCAGGCACGAAGGAAGUGACCCCGCCCUUUCCUGUCCCAUUGGCUCCAGAUCAGCAGGCCGAACACAGGACUGGAGGGCGGGUGGAGGGCCGGCGUGCUCCUCCUAGCAGGCCUGAGAAUGAGUGGGAAUCAGGGCGUUUGGGUCUGGCUGGAGAUCAGGUUUGCACA